CGCAUAAACAUUAGCCAUUUCUUACUUAGUUUUUUCAUCCGCGGUGGCAUCCACGAGUUGCUGAAGCCAGCCCAUAAAAUCCAUCCUGCGCGCGUGCGGCCUCUCCAUUUUCCCCGUCUUCCCGCCACCCCGAAAAUUUCCGCCCGAAUUCCAUUUCAACAUUCUCACAUUUCGCUUCCCAGUUGCCACGAAGAACUCGAAAUCCAAUCCCCGGCGUCCUAGCUCCUCCAGAUUCCGCAGACCCCGAUCCAUCCUCGACAGCGACUGGCAUAGCAGAUUCCUUCCCAGAUCAGAUGGGGAGACCGCGGAAGACCAAGGCCGAGCCGGAGCCAGCCCCCGCCUUCCCGAUCGGCAACUGCAAGGUGGAGAUCCGUGGGAGCGGACUGCGGUGCGAGACGACAGAGCAGGGUCUGACAAUCUCCGGACCCAGGGGCGCCAAGGUCGUCGUCUCUGUUUCUGGGGAUCAGAAGGGCGCUUCGAAUGGCGUCGGUGAGGGCUCUCAGUUCAUCCUUCUCAAUCCAAGCGAUGCAGAUAGCCAAACCAAGUCCUUGCUUGAGGAAGUGCUAAUGCUUUAUAAGAAAGAACUUCCUACUAUGGACUAUGCUGCAGACACUGGGAGAAAGUCAGGGUUUCUUGAAACAUGCACAACUAAUGGGAAAUACAAGACUCUAAUUCUGAUGUCUAGCUCUGCAGCACAGCAUGAAGAGGUCAUAGCUACUGUAUCGUAUCAGAUUGUGCCAGCUGACACUCAGUAUGCUGAAAUACCUCUGGCAGUUGUGAGAUCAUCUUAUCAACGUGUGGGUAUUGGCAAGCUCUUAUAUAAGGAACUAUCGCAGAGGCUUCAGAAUGUUGGUGUUACAUCCAUUUUCUGCUGGGCAGAUAAGGUCUCUGAGGGUUUUUGGCUAAAACAGGGUUUUGUAUCUGUUGGAGAAGUGAAUACUAAAGGUAAGAUUCGAAAGAUUCCAGUAAGGGCUGAUAUAAAGAGAGCAUUAUGCUUUCCAGGAGGAUCAACACUUAUGGUUGCCCACCUUAAUAAAGAAUUGCCAGUCAUGCAAACAUGGGAGAAACCCCAGACAUCACUCCAUACUGUAGUACCAGAUAGUAUCUCUCCUGGUGAUACCAAUGUCUCAUGUGAGAACAUGGUCCUCCAAACAUAUAAACGUCGUGUUGUUAGAAAUACUGCAAAGGUGGCAACAAAUGAAGUCAGCAAUGCUUAUAGUGAAAGUUCAUUAUCUGAGCAAGAGCCAAAGAAACGCAUGUACAAAACAUCGUCAUCAUCACUAAAGUCAAAAAGAAUAAGAUGUAGCAAUCAUGACGACAAUUGCCAAGACAUGAAUCAAAUUGGUGUGCAUGACAAUAACUUGUGCAGUUCCCCUGAGAAUUCACUGCAUGUAAUUCUUAAAGAACAUCACAUUCCUAGCACUGGAGCUCAUAUUUAUUCUAAUGGUAGUGGAAGCCCUACAAUUAUGCUCAUGAAUAUUGCAGACGAACAAAAGAAGGCACGCCUUACAAAGGUUGUUGAAACACUUAGGGGGUUUGUUACUUGCGAUGGACAUUCAUGCACACAUGUUGUUACUGGAAAAGCUCGCAGGACUAUGAAUUUCUGUAUUGCUUUGUGCUCUGGUGCUUGGAUAAUUUCCCCAAACUGGUUAAAAGAAAGCUUCAGAGAAGGGCAGUUUGUAGGAGAAGCACAAUAUGUUCUGGAAGAUGAAGAAUAUAGGAUGCAAUAUAAGUCUGAACUUAGAGAUGCAGUUAUGAGAGCUAAAGAAAGGCCUAACUCUUUAUUUGCUGGUUAUACUUUCUGUCUGUCAAAGUACAUCCAGCCCUCUUUUGAUGUUCUCUCAGCCAUUAUUAAAUCUACCGGAGGCAAGAUCAUAAAAAAACUGAGUGAGUUAGAUGAGCUGUCCCGGACAAUCUUUUUGGUGUGUGAAGAGGAGGCAGAACUUGCAUUGGUUGCAGCAAAAAGUGGCAUCAAAACAUUCAGCAGUGACUGGUUCAUGAGCUGUGUCAUGAAACAGGAACUUGACCUUGAGGCCCCUCAGUUUAUUGUAUCUCUAUGAUGUGCCUACAGUUCAAGUCCUCCUAACUCCUAAUAUAUCUCUUUCUUUGGUUGGGAUAUAAAUUGUUUCUCCUGGUUCUUCGUGGAUAUACAAAUUUUCUCAUUUCCUUAGUUACAAAAGCUGAAGUAGUGUCAAACUAGUUAUCAUCCUGUGACGAUGAUGACCUGUUUAAAUGGAAAAGGUUGCGGUGGAGCUAUUCCAAUUUCUGUAUAGGCCCAUUUGAUUCCCUUCAUUUUGAGUAAAUGGAAACUAACUAAUGGAGUAGGUUAUUUC